AUGAAUGCACCGAAUUUUCUUGUCUAUAAAAUAUUUGAGAUGAGGCUCAGCGAGACGUGCAAUAUCACUGACGAACGCAAUCGUGAUGCACCAGCAUACAUACCGGGCGUCUCGGAUCUUGCUGUUAAGGCGCACUGCUUGGUAAUUCUUCCGGUGCUAAUGCUUCUUUUUGCGGAAAUUCAGUUCUGUUCUUCAAAUAAUAUCACAGAUGUGGCUGCGUAG